UACCUCCCCUGCACAUGGAGCAUUGCUCUGGCUGCUAACCCUGGAUGCUUCCCAGAUCUGGGCAUGCUCACACUGUUUGGUACAGGUGCUCUUCUCAUGAGAGGGGCUGGCUGCACCAUCAAUGACAUGUGGGACAAAGACUUCGACAAAAAAGUGUCCCGCACAGCCUCUCGACCAAUCGCAUCAGGAGAGAUUUCUCGAAUGCAGGCGCUGGUCUUCCUGGGAGGGCAGCUCUCGCUUGCACUUGGGGUUCUUUUGUGUCUCAACUAUUACAGUAUAGCUCUGGGUGCUGCUUCUUUAUCUCUUGUUAUCACCUACCCGCUGAUGAAGAGGUUCACUUACUGGCCACAGUUUGUGUUGGGACUCACUUUCAACUGGGGCGCUCUGCUCGGCUGGUCCGCUAUUAAAGGCUCUUGUGAUUGGUCCGUGUGUCUCCCGCUAUACUUCUCAGGAGUGAUGUGGACGCUGGUAUAUGACACAAUAUACGCACAUCAGGAUAAGGAGGAUGACAUCAAAGUAGGAGUCAAAUCUACUGCACUGAGUUUCCAGGAGCAAACCAAACCCUGGCUGAGUGGCUUCGUUGUGGCCAUGAUGUCUGGACUGGUAUUAGCUGGGGUCAAUGCUGAACAGACUCUCCCUUACUGUGCUGUACUCACCGGUGUAGCAAUGCACCUGACAAACCAGAUUUACACAUUAGACAUCAACAAACCAGAAGACUGCUGGAAAAAGUUUGUUUCAAACAGAAACCUUGGACUGUUGUUGGUUUUAGGUAUUGUUGCCGGCAAUUUGUGGAAAGAAUAAAGACAGACUCUGAAGAAAUGAACAAGCCUUCAUAUAAUUAGAG